ACCUUAACCCCUUCUCCCCAUAGCCGUGCCGUCUUCACCGAGCACACCCGCCAGUGCGGCUGCACGCUCUCGACUGAGAAACUGCAGGCAAUCCUCGCGGGCGACCUCUCCGGCGUCGCCGUGCACCCGUCCUUCACAUACGUCGCGCAGCUACUCGGGUGCCUACUGUGGCAGGUGCAGCGGCACAUCUUCGUCUUCCCACAGGUCGAGUUCGAGCAGCUACAUCACCUCUGGAUCGCGCUCGAGGACGCAGACCCCGUUACGGAGAUCCAGAUCCGAUAUUUGCUCGCAAUCUACUUUCUGCUCAAGAAGCAGAUGGAAGAAGGCGAGGAGCAGCUCCGCACCGCGGUACAGGUCGCGCUCGCGCACCGCCUCGCGUUCCCCGUGCCCGGCCCGCACGACUUCGUCGACGCUGCGCUCACGAUGCACGAGACGACGCCUGCGCAGACGGAGCUCAUUAGCACGCUCAGUCACCUGAUGUACCUCGACCGCUGCUCCGCACUCGUCUUCCGGGUCCCUGCGCGGCUCGACCACACCUGGGACGACGGUUUCAAGGCCAUUGCACUCUUCUACCCGUUCAUCGCAAAGACGAACGUCGUCUACCUCCGUGCCCGCUCUCUGCUCCUGCUCGUGCGCACGCGUGACGCGGCGCGCGAGUGGGCAGAGCUGGGCGCGCACGGAGGAUUGUUCGCACCCGCCCGCCCAGCAUGGUUCGAGCGCUACUGGCCGCUGCUCGAAGAGGUAUCUGCCCACGCGACGACGGUCGAGGCGGAGAUGCUCAAGGCAACGUUCUACGGCGACCGCGCGCACGGCGUCGCGCUCAAGUUCACGCUCGUCGUUGCGCUCGCGAGCAAGGCCGAGCUGCACUGGCUCGUGCACCGCGACCACCCGGAGAGCAUGCAGCGCAGCUUGGACACGGUCAUGGAGGUCGUGGGCAUCACGCGCGGGUUCAAGGAUAAUGAUUUUAUCCUGCUCGAUCCGUUGUUGGGGGUGUGCUGGUCGAUGAUCGCCAAAAUCGUGGUGCACGUCGCCAACCGGCCCACGCUGGCCGCAGGCAUGUCCUGGGGCGCAGCGUUGGAGACGAUCGACGUCAGCGCGCGCAAGCUCGGGUACGAGAUGCCGUUCAUGGAGGAGUCGCUGAAGGUGAUUUCAGACGUCUUGCGCGUGGUUGAGGUCGCGGAUGGUUCGCGAUAG